AGCUCUUAAACCACUUCAUUAAGAGGUAGAGAAAUUGCAAAAAAAAAAAAAAACCAUCAAUUCCCUUCACAAAUUCAAUGGAAAUUCAAUUCCAGCAGCCAAAGGGAGCCAUUCCGGCCACCAAGGUGAGAAAAUUCAAGGGAAGAAACAGAAGCAAUAGCAAUAACAAGUUUGUAGGGGUGAGACAAAGGCCAUCUGGGAGAUGGGUUGCUGAGAUCAAAGACACUACACAGAAGAUAAGGAUGUGGCUUGGAACUUUUGAGACUGCUGAGGAAGCUGCUAGAGCCUAUGAUGAAGCUGCUUGCCUUCUUCGUGGAUCCAACACUCGCACAAAUUUCAUUCCCAACGUCUCCUCCAAUUCUCCUCUGGCUUCCAGGAUCCGGACCCUCCUUGAUAACAAAAAGGGAGCAAAGCAACCAAAACAAACCAGUGUUGAUAGCAGUAACAUUUCCACUACAAUAGUCACUCCUUGUGCCAGUAGUUGCACCAGCAGUGGCAGUAAUUCUCUUUCUAGUGAAAAAAUUCAGGAGACCCAGUUGUUUGAUGAUGCAUAUAAGCCAGAUUUGAGCAACUGCAGUGAGGAAGUGGAGUUGGGUUCUUCUGAAUCCGGCCUGUCAUGGGGUUUUGCAGCCGGGUUUGACCGGUUUUCAUUUGCUCAACAAGUGUUGGACUUGCCAAAGAAUGGUGGGUUGCAGGAGGCAGCUGAGGGGGAGUUUUCGGAAUUCGAACGGAUGAAAGUUGAGAGGCAAAUAUCUGCAUCGCUCUAUGCCAUGAAUGGGGUUCAAGAGUAUAUGGAUACUGUCCAUGAUCCUUCUGAUGCUCUGUGGGAUCUUCCUCCUCUAUGUUCUUUGUUCUGCUAAAGGUUUGAUCAUUGAUGGUUACGCUAACCAUGAGAUUUCCCCUGAUUUAUUGCUUGUUUCUAGUCUUUGUUUUAGCUUUUCUCAGUGGAAUAUCCAGAGGAGUAUAUGAUUUAGGAUUUGAUCAGAGAUAAAAGAAGUUCUUGCUGUAA